AUGUCUGCGCCACAGCUAGGCGCUAAGCGCUCGUUCACUGGUCAUCAUGACUUGUUGCCUGCUACGAGCGAGCGGCGCGGGACUAUCUCGUUUUAUAUGGCGCCGAAUACCCUUCUGAGUUGGACGUUUGGACGUGGCACUGUGAUCUGGCGCAUAUGGCCGGCUGUGCUCUUUCAUACUCUGUUUGCCGUGGCGGUCACCAUCGUGUCUAUGCGGUCGAACCUAUACCUAGGCAUUCCCAAUGUCAUGCUUACCGUGCUCGGUGUUGUGAUUGGUUUCGUAAUAUCUUACCGCGCGUCAAGCGGCUACGACCGCUACUGGACAGGCAGAACAGCCUGGUCCGACGUCAUUCGCAAUACACGCACACUAUCUCGACUCAUAUGGUUCCAUAUACCCUUACGCCUGGUUCCAAAGACCUCGCCGACGGACUCAGAACCUCGUCCAAUGCAGGAGGUUCACCAGGUCAUGAAGGAGAAGCGUAAGGCCAUCGACGUACUGGAAGGGUAUGCCGUGGCUCUCAAGCAUCACCUACGGAACGAAGGAGGCAUCUAUUAUGAGGAUUUAUACCGGCUAUCCCGACCUUUUCACCAGCACGAACAUCGCGAAGAGUCGCGCCACGCCAAGCAGGCGCAGAAAGUCGCCUCGAGCCCGUUGGCCACAACAUCCGCGCACAACCUCAGCGCCCCUCAUGAUCCCUUCGUCCCAACUAUAAACUCCUACGGCUCAACGAACACAUUCGGCCGAGGGCGCCCAAUUCUACGCAACUUCUCUCGCUCCUCUUCUGACUCUUCCGACUCCGCCAAUGACCAGACACCGCUCAUGCCUUCGAACCGCGCAGACUCGAACGGCAUCUUCAACAAAGUUGCCGCCGACCUCAUCCCCUUUGCGCACUUCUUCAGCAAAUUGUCUCCCUCCAAUAUCAAGAAACUCUUCUCGAGGGACGAGGACGAGCCUUUCGAGAAUGAAGGUGGCGUUCAGAGGAGAUGGGCGCUUGGACGGGGGAUGAGUAUCAAGCAUCGGCCAAGGGUGGCAUGUGAGGGGGAGAACUUGCCGUUGGAGAUUGUCCAUUACUUGAGCUGCUGGUUCAGUGAGCUUGAGGAUCGCGGGACCGUUCCGGGGACGAGUCUUGGUCCCAUGAUCGGUACACUCGCGGGGUUGGAGGACAGCAUCUCCACUUUGGAAAGAAUCUUGACAACACCUUUACCCUUUGUCUUCGCGGUACAAAUCCGACACACGGUCUGGAUCUUCCUCUUCUUCCUCCCCUUCCAACUCGUCGACCUCUUCCAAUGGUACACAAUCCCAGGCGUCGCCAUCGCAUCCUUCAUAUAUCUCGGCUUUCUCGCUGCCGGAGAAGAGAUCGAACAGCCCUUCGGUUACGAUGAGAAUGAUCUGGAUCUGGAUAUGUUCUGCCAGGAGAUCAUUCAUGUCGAUAUCGAGCGGCUCAAGCGAACGCCCGGCCCGAAUGUCUUCCUCGGUUCACAUCAUGGCGAGGAGCAUGUCGCAGACCCGGGCAACUCGGGCGGAAAGCAGCCAGAAGCGACGGCACACUAA